UCACAUAUGAGGUGUUUGAGAAAUUUCAGAAACAAAUUAUUGCUGCCAGGGACCAUUGCUGUGUUCAAAGCAUUGCACAACAUGAGGGGAUAAAAAUAGUGACAUUCAGAACAGGCACUAGUAAGGUAAGGGUGGUCCGCUGUGACAUAGCAACCAUGAUAGCUAAUUGUUCAUGCAAGUUAUUUGAGACCCAUGGAAUUCCGUGCCGCCAUAUUAUCCAAGUAAUGAGAAUGGAAACUCAACAAGAGCUUCCAACCUUCUAUAUUAUGGAAAGAUGGCAGAAAAGGUGUAAAAGAGAAAGUGUUUACGAUGUUCAAGGUAAUCUUCUAGAAGAGAAGCCCGCAGACUCCUUGGAUGCAGCUGCAAGGAAGAAGAUUCUAACAAUACGCAACAAGUUGGAAGAUCUAAUCCAAACAGCCAAACAAUCAAAUGAAGGCAUGGACUUUUUAUUAUCAAGUGUGUUGAGCAUUGAGGAGCCUUUGAGCCAAAAGGUUCCUGCUGCAGUCAAGCACACUAGACAAGAGGAAUAUGAGGUAUUUAUUGGUUGCAACAUUCCUACUGAAGUUAACAUACAUCCGCCAAAUGAUGUCUGUUCGGUGGGGAGAAGUAAAAGAAUAAAGAGAGGAAAGGAGAUGAAUGGGGAAGAACAGAAAAAGAAGAACAAAGAAGCCAAGGCCAAGGUCGCGCGCAUGUGCAGGACGUGCAAUACAUUAGGAUUUCAUGAUAGUCGCAAGUGCCCAAGCAAAAAUAGUCAAGGAAAAGAAGUGAAUGUGCAAGAAAUUCAUACAGAUAGUGCAUCAUGA